GAGAGUGGGAGAGAAAAGGAGCAAAUGUGCGCGGCGGCGGAGAGGGAGGGAGGACAGAGAGUGCGCAAACAGGCACCCAGGCACAUCAGCAGCAGCGGCAGAGCAUCUUCCUGAUCCGCAUCUCCCCGUGUCUUCAGCUGCCAACCCUCUGUGCGUCCCUGAUUGAGAUUUCACUGCCGGCUCAAGUGUCCAUAGGAGCCUCCGCCAACCGUCAGCUCCUACCAAUACACUUUCUCCAGAGCUCGGUUAUUCUUAGCUCAGCUGUGAGAGACUGUCCUUCCGGUCCUUCUCUUAUUUAUCCCAGUUUCUUGAAUAUUUAAUGGAAAAUGGCGAUCUGCGCGCAGUCGUACGGUAUUUUCUGCCUCUUCACAAUCCAAACUGUACUUAUCAUGUGCGUCUCCACGCCGACAGACGGGACCCACCUCUUCCCCCAGCACUACACAAUGAUUCACUGGGCGGGACGCAUUGAGAAGGAGCUGGAAAAGGUUCUGCAGCAUGUCACCGGGACUCAGCAGAUGCGAUCGAUCUAUAACGAGAAGAAGAGCCAGUUUGAAAUCAAGAGAAACAACCCCAAGGACCUGGUGGAGAGAGUGGCACGAGACAUCUCCAAGCUGCUCAACAGUAAGAGGAAAGCCCUGGAGAAACUGGCCAGAGAGGCGGAGCAGCUUCAGCAGGAGCAUGUAUGGCAAGACGGUGUGACGGAGAAUGCCAUUUCAUACUACGAUUCCAAAGCGGAUUCAGACUAUGCAGACGAUGGAGAAGAGGAGAACCCUUUUGAGAGCUCGACGUCUUUGGAGCUGGAGUUUGUGGACGAUCCCAAUUUUAAAAACAAGGUCAACUACUCUUCCAGUGCAGUGCAGAUACCUACAGACAUAUACAAAGGCUCUCCAGUCAUCCUCAAUGAGCUGAACUGGACCCAGGCACUGGAGCGGGUAUUCAUAGAAAACCGUCAGGAGGACAGCUCUCUGCGCUGGCAGGUGUUUGGCAGUGCCACAGGAGUGACUCGAUACUACCCAGCCACUCCAUGGAGGGCACCCAACAAGAUUGACCUGUACGACGUCCGCAGGAGACCUUGGUAUAUCCAAGGUGCAUCCUCUCCAAAGGACAUGGUCAUCAUUGUGGACGUGAGUGGGAGUGUCAGCGGACUCACUCUGAAGCUGAUGAAAACCUCUGUGAUAGAGAUGCUGGACACUCUGUCGGAUGACGACUAUGUGAAUGUAGCCAGGUUCAACGAAAAGGCAGACGCUGUUGUUCCUUGCUUCCGGACUCUGGUUCAAGCCAACGUUCGAAACAAGAAGAUCUUCAAGGAUGCUGUCAUGCAUAUGCAAGCCAAAGGAACCACAGAUUACAAGUCUGGAUUCACAUUUGCCUUUGAACAGCUUCUCAAUGAGAGCAGUGCCCCGAGGGCCAACUGCAAUAAGAUGAUAAUGAUGUUUACAGAUGGCGGGGAGGAUCGUGCACAGGACAUCUUUGAGAAGUACAACUGGCCCAACAAAACGGUCCGUGUGUUCACUUUCUCCGUUGGCCAGCAUAACUAUGAUGUCACCCCUUUGCAGUGGAUAGCUUGUGCCAAUAAAGGUUACUACUUUGAAAUUCCAUCGAUUGGUGCCAUCAGAAUCAACACGCAGGAAUACCUAGAUGUGCUGGGUCGUCCCAUGGUCCUGGCUGGGCCUAGAGCCAAGCAGGUGCAAUGGACAAACGUCUACCAGGAUGCUCUGGGUUUGGGGCUCGUCAUCACCGGGACAAUGCCUGUCUUCAACCUCACUGCGGAUACUAUGAGCUCUCAGAACCAGCUCAUCCUGGGAGUCAUGGGUGUAGAUAUCGCGAUUAACGAAAUCAAAAGGAAGACCCCUACAUACAGACUUGGAGCCAAUGGUUACACCUUUGCCAUUGACCCUAACGGCUACGUGCUGCUUCAUCCAAACCUGCGACCCAAAAUCAUUAACUUCAGGGAGCCCGUCACUCUGGACUUUCUCGAUGCAGAGCUGGAGGACAGCGACAAGGAGAAGAUCCGUCGGCAGAUGAUUGAUAGAGAAUCAGGGCAAAAGAAAAUAAGGACGCUCAUUAAGUCAGUUGAUGAGAGAUACAUCGACGAGGCUGUGCGGACAUACACAUGGACGCCUGUGGAUGGAACAGAUUACAGUCUAGGGUUGGUACUACCCACAUAUAGUGAGAACCACAUCAAGGCCAACCUGAGUGACCAGAUCCUCCAGGUGCAGUAUUUUGAAUCACUGCUGCCAAACAGUUUUGAGUCUGAAGGACAUGUAUUCAUUGCUCCCAGGGAGUACUGUAAUGAUCUGGAACUAUCCAACAACAACACGGAGUUCCUGCUCAACUUCAUCGCUCUCAUGGAGAAGGUGACACCAGACUCCAAACAAUGUGAUAAUUUGCUUCUUCACAACCUGAUUCUGGACACCGGGAUCAUCCGGCAGCUGGUCGAGAAAGUGUGGAAGAACAAAGACUUGAAUACAUACGGCUUUCUGGCCGUGUUUGCAGCAACAGAUGGAGGUGUAACUAGAGUGUUUCCAAACAAGGCUUCAGAAAGCUGGGAGGAAGAUCCUGAGCCGUUUAAUGCCAGCUAUUACCGCCGCAGCCUCGACAACAAGGGCUACAUCUUUCGAGCGCCUUAUCGAACAGCCAGGGACGAGCUGCUGAACCCAGAGAACGACACCAUAGGAAUUCUGGUCAGCACAGCGGUGGAGAUCACAGUGGGAGGGAAGACCAUCAAACCUGCAGUGGUUGGAGUGAAACUUGACCUUGAAGCAUGGACAGAUAAGUUUAAGAUUCUUGCCAGUAACCACACAGACAACCGUCAGGGCUCAAACCAGUGUGGACCUAACCGGGGCUGUGAAAUGGACUGUGAAGCCAACAGUGAUGAUCUCCUCUGCUAUUUAAUAGACGAUGGUGGAUUCCUGAUCAUGUCAAAUCAGAAGGAUGACUGGAACAAGGUGGGGAUGUUCUUCAGUGAUGUCGACCCCUACUUGAUGUACGCUCUCUACAACAACUCCUUCUACAACCGCAAGCAGUCAUUUGACUACCAGUCUGUGUGCGAGCGGUUUCCGAACAGUGAGGCAGGAGCUGCACCCAGAGGAGUCUUUGUGCCGACUAUUGCAGAUUUCGUGAACAUCGCUUGGUGGACGUCUGCAGCUGCAUGGUCCAUAUUCCAACAGUUCAUGUAUGGACUUGCUUAUCACAGUUGGUUCGUCACAGACGAGGUGGAUGCAGAAGGAUUCGACUCCAAAGAGCGGAGUUGUGUAAUGAUCCAGACCCAGUACUACUUAAGUAAUCUCAGCAACUCCUACAACAUCCUGCAAGACUGUGGCAACUGCUCCAGGCUGAUUCACGCCAAGAGGAUAAACAACACCAACUUGCUGUUCGUGGUGGCAGAGAAGCUGCCAUGCAACACCUGUGAAAUAGAGAAGCUUUCCCAAGAGGAGGAGGAGUUCUUGGAGGAUAAUCCAUGUGAAGAAGUGGCUGUGGCGCGCUAUCGAAAAGGACCCUCCACCUGCUUUGACAAUAACAUCUCUGAGAACACGUCAGACUGUGGGCGAGGACACUCCUUCCGUCCGUCGCUCUACACCUUACUGCUCAUCCAGCUGCUCCUGCUCUAUCCAGCCAUCUCCCCCCAAAUCCAAACGCUACUACAUUAAUUACAUUUUGCUCCGCUUCCUCUCCUUGCAGCCCCACUUUCCCUGACCUAGACCCUCCGACCCACCUUCUCGCCCCUCAACCCUCCCCUUGUUAUAGUCAUAGGUUAAAAUGGGACUUCCCAUCACAGCAAAAAUGGAAGCCCUGAGCGCUGCGCUACCCAGCUCGCUUCAGUUUGUGUCGCUUAGUGACAACUGCCGGACGUUUGCGUCCUCCGCCAGUUAACCUUCAUCUGCAAGAGGAGGCACUGCUGUGGUGCCGCACCACCACCUGGAUUAUCAGAAGCCUACGUCAGAAAAGAGAAAACAAACGCCUCUACAACCGCCCCUCCCCACCAUCCCAGAGAAGGGAGGGGACAGAGGAAGGGUGUACGUCCUCGUCACAGACCUCCCGCCUCACACAGACUGGAGAGUUGAGGUCGACUGUCUGUCAGACAGACCAGGAGGGGACUUCUCCUCCUUCUUCUCUCCUCCAUCUCAGAGUGUCGCCGCUCUGUCAUUCGCCUCUCGUCAGAGGCUGUGGACCAUUCAGCCGAUUAUAGCCGCCAUUAAAAAAAAAAUCAAUUAAAAAAAUAACUGUCAAGUAUACAAAAUGUCAAGUAUAAACCGCUGAAGUGAUGAGUAUUCCAAACAUACAGUGUAUUUAGUUUUUAAUUUGAAAAGGAAGUCGUUAGGUGUUAUCUUAAAAAGAUUUAAUUUAUGCACUAUAUCUACUUGCCAAAAUGAGAUAGACUUUCAUGUGGUCUUAUUUUUACAGCCCAAAACACGAGGAGGAAAUGGCUUCUGAUUAAGAUUAAGGAUAAACCAGGAGAGGGAGAGGACACACUGAGAAACUAAACGCUGAUUCAUUUUAGGCAGCGCCCUAAUGAUUACAGAUGAAUGCUUUUAAAAAGACGUCCACUGAGGAUUAUAGUAAUAACAUGAUACUAAUCACAUUUCAUAAAGUACUAUCAUCUAUCUAUCAUGAGUAAAAGCUGCAGAACAUGACCCAGUGUUUGGUUACUUCAGAUCUGUUGAUGUCGUGUUCUCCUUUAUGAUUAAUCGACCAUUCUGACCUCUGGUUUGGACUGAAGUUUAAAAAAAAAAAAAAAAAAAAAAGACAGGUCUGAGCUCUCUGAAGCUCAGCUCACCUCUGCCGGUCUUCAUGAGGCUUCUCCAGUAACCUCUACUAACGCUCCUUCUCUGGAUUUGUAAAUGUGCUUUACUUCUGUCCACAAACAGACACAGCGAGAUCUCUGCCUCAUGACCGUCUAGUUCCAGGUGGGUUUUUUUUUUUUAUUUUAUCUUUUGGGGGCUUUUAAUUACUUUAAGACUGAAGCUGUUUAAACUUCAAAAACCAUUCGCUGCUGGGGUUUUGGGGCUUAUCAACAUUUUCCAACAAAAGUGCAGAAGAGGCAACUAAAUAUGGUGAUCACGUGCUGUAGUAGUCUGGUAAUAACCUGUCACAGUUUCUCAUUGAUCAUUACAAUGUGUGAAAAGUCAUUUAGACUCCCAUGUUUAGGAGCCGCUCUGUUUCAUAGUGCCUUGAUGCACUUUGUUUUGGACCACAUCGGCUGUCUAGGUGUAGAGAGACCGUAUAGUUCCUUUAUAAAGCAGCCGUAUUUGAGGUUUCGGCUUGUAAGACUUAAUCUGUUUGCUAUAAAAAUAGCUUUACACACAGUUUAAAGUAUCUGCCCCCUCCAGAGCCACCUGACUGCCAUCAUAUGGAGUUACUAUACCGUUCCUUUACAGAGCCAUGUAUAGAGCUACGAUGCACCAUCUGUAUACAGCGACUUAACUGGCCGUAGAGCGUUUUUAGGGCCACCUGACUGCUAAAGUUCUGCCUGAAUUGUAUGUGGAUGUGUAUGUGUGUGUGUUAGUUUGUGUUACACAGCCCUCAAAGGGAAUGUCUUUUAAAUAUGAGUGUGUGAGGGAUGACAGAUGUGUAGCAGAGCUGUUUUUUUUUUCCUGUUCCUAUGUUGCAAAGGUACAAAAAUCCAGUGUUGUGUUGGGGGAAAAUAGGGAUUUUUUCAGAAACAAAAAGAAUCCAUCUUUAAACUUCAGUCUGUUUAAAUAUUCAUUUUUUAUGCAGCAGAGGUGUCUGAAAGAAUGUGUAUUUCAUCAGUGUUUUCUGCUUCAGAUGCAACAUAUUAAAUAAAAGCCUCUCUAAAUGCCUUAGUGUUACUCAGCAUCGAGCUCUAAUAUCGUUUUCCCAAAACCACCUCAUGAACACGCACACUAAAGAGAUCCUCCAAAACACACACACACACACACACACACACACACACACACUCCCCCUGGGUUUUCUUGGUGUUUUCUGCAGUAAGUGUAGUGAUCCAUGCCUGUUUGAUUUAAAGUGCUUGAAAAGCAGGUGGGAGUGUUGAAUUAAAAAAAAAAAGAAAAAAGAAGAAGCCUCCGACCUUCGAUGUUCACCCCCACCCACAAAUCUCACUGUAUUGCUCAGGUGGGAGGACUUGCGCGACAAUUUGAACCAUAACUACACACUCUGUACAGUUGUUGGUACGAUUUGAUGUGACAAACAUGCUGGCACAGUAUCUGCAGCGCAGCCAAUUUGAGAAACAAAUCCUAAAUUUGUUCAAUUUGGCUCCUUGAGUUAUUUGUGUUUCAAAAUUCUUCAUGCGGGUGGGAGUCAUCUGAGGCUGCAUGCAGUUUGAACUUUUCCAGCAUUGGUUUGUCUCAGUCCUGUGCCAUUAAUCCUGUCUGUGUAUCCCAAUUUUCACUGUCUGUAAAUGAGCGCUACACGUGCCUGUGGAUAUGUACCCCCUGCAACUUCCUCUCUUUUCCUGACCUCUGUACGCAGACACAAACUAAAUAUGUAUGCCUACAGUUUAUUGCACCUUCACACACAUACACACACACAGACACAGCUGUAAGCAAAUAUUUAAUGACACUUGUUCAUGCCCAGCUGAAAGAUGUCAAGCACCAGGCAGAAGUAAGCCAAGGACUUCAAUGUGUGCUUUUAUUUUGGCGAGGGGGCAGAAUGUCAGAGGAAAGCUCAGGGAGUGGGUCUCCACAGAGCAGCAGGGGCCUGAAGGUCUCGGAGGAAUCAUGUGUGCAUCCCGAUAAGAAAAAAAAAAUCUCCUUAAGGGACACACAAUUUCUGUGGUUUAACAAAUUUACUUUUGCCAAAAAAAAAAAGAAAGAUAUAUAGAAAAUUGGGCCAGCGUGGGGAAGAGAGGGAGGGGUCAGCUUUAGGACAGGACCCUGAACAAAGCCUGGGGAUGGUUUCAUAAAACCUCUUGCCUCCUCCCGACCCUCGCUGCAUCUGUGUUGGUGCGUCUCUGUGGGAAAGACACGUGUAUGUGAUUCUGUAGUCUGUAGUCUGGUGCUAUGUGACCAUGUUUGACGAAGUGUGUGAAAAAAUAACAGCAACAUUUAGAGAAAAAAAAAAGAAGAAAAUCAGUCGAAUUCUAAGUAAAGUAACAAAAAAUAAAUAUAGGAAUACAGCACUGUUGGUAAGUUUGAGAUCUGAAGUCCAAAUGUUUUUGUUUUUUUAUUUCGUGUACGUGUGAGUGUGAAUGUUGGUGUGCGUGGAAGAUUUAGCUCCUUCUUUUUUGUGGGCACUGGUCCAUGUCGCUCCAUUCUUUUGUACAGAUGAAGCUAAAAAAAAAAAAAAAAAAAAAGAAGAGGGCAUAAUUUGUAAAAUAUUGUGUCUGUGACUCCUUGUAAAAUAUUUUCAAAUUGUUUAUUACAGAGAAUCAGUUAUUAAAUAAUGUUCAUAUUUUUCACUUCA